CAUUUGUAGACUUCUCGACUGUCGGCAGCGAUUUCGAUCGAAACAGUUUGACACAGGCAAGCAAACAGCUCAGAACGGAGUGCGUUCCCAAAUCGAAGUGUGUUUUUUUUUCAAUAUAGUCACGACAAGUGCGCUUAGCGUCUUAAAGGAACAUCCUUUUGCAACAGCACAACCAGCUCAGAAAACCACAUCUAAAGAAAUCACAAAUCAAACAAAAACUCUAUAAAAAUGUCUGAUCGCAAAGCCGUCAUCAAGAAUGCUGAUAUGAGCGAGGAGAUGCAACAGGAUGCUGUUGAUUGUGCGACACAAGCCCUGGAGAAGUACAAUAUUGAAAAGGAUAUUGCUGCUUAUAUCAAGAAGGAGUUUGACAAAAAAUACAAUCCCACAUGGCAUUGCAUUGUGGGUCGCAACUUUGGAUCGUAUGUGACACACGAGACGCGCCAUUUCAUCUACUUUUAUUUGGGCCAGGUGGCCAUUUUAUUGUUUAAGAGCGGUUAAAGUAUUGUCGAGUCGGAUGAAGUGGUGGUCAGGAGGUUGGAGGAGCAACAGCAGCAGCAGCAACAACAACAACAACAACAGCAGCAGCAGCAACAGUUACAAUUAAAAUUAGUUGGGGAAGCAGCGGCUGCUGCAACAACAACAACA